AGCCUGUGCGGGCGACGGCUUCCGUCUCCUCUUCCGUCUCCUCUUCCGUCACUGGAACGCUCCGCGAUAAUGAGAACAGCAACGUGGGGCGGUUGAAGGCAGUCUCGCUUGCCAACCAACGAUGCCGAAAAUGAAGACGAAGCAGCGCCCUCGGCAGCAGCGCCGUGAAGGAAAAGGGCCAGUAGGUAUUAGGUUCAACACUGGACUUGGUCAACAUAUUUUGAAAAAUCCCCUCAUUGUUAACAGCAUUAUAGAAAAGGCUUCUUUGUAUCCUACUGAUGUUGUUCUAGAAGUUGGUCCUGGCACUGGGAACAUGACGGUAAAAAUGCUAGAAAAAGUAAAAAAGGUAAUUGCUUGUGAGCUGGAUGUAAAGCUUGCUGGUGAACUUCAGAAAAGAGUCCAGGGGACGUCUUUGGCUAAUAAACUUGAAAUAAAGAUUGGAGAUGUGUUGAAAAGUGACCUACCCUUCUUUGAUGCUUGUGUGGCUAACUUGCCUUAUCAAAUUUCAUCUCCCUUUGUUUUUAAGCUAUUGCUGCACCGGCCUUUCUUCAGGUGUGCAGUACUCAUGUUUCAAAGAGAAUUUGCUCUUCGCUUGGUUGCAAAACCAGGCUCUCCCCUGUAUUGCAGACUUUCUGUUAAUACUCAGUUAUUAGCCCGUGUUGAUCAUCUGAUGAAGGUAGGGAAAAAUAAUUUUAAACCACCACCCAAAGUUGAAUCCAGUGUUGUGAGGAUAGAACCAAAGAACCCUCCACCACCAAUCAACUUUCAGGAGUGGGAUGGUCUGCUAAGGAUAGUCUUUGUCAGGAAAAACAAGACGCUUGCUGCGGUUUUUAAUUCAAAUGCCGUGAAACAGCUGCUGGAACAGAAUUACCGGAUUCAUUGUUCACAAAAUAACUUGGAAAUGCCUGAAAAUUUCCAUAUUGGGAAUCUCAUACAUGGUAUCCUAAGAGACACUGGUUAUGCAGAAAAACGUGCCCGAGUCAUGGAUAUUGAUGACUUCAUCAGUGUUCUGCAUGGCUUCAAUGCAAAAGGCAUCCACUUUUCCUGAAGAGAAGAAUAAGAUGGAGGAUAACUUGAGCAAUACUGUUGUAAGGCUGAAUUGAACUAUAUAAAGGUGGUAUUAGAAUUUUACUCAUGAUGGGUGCAAACUACACUGUGUUUACACAUCUAGCUGUUUUAAAUUACCCAAUUUAUGUGAAAUGGGUUCUCAAGAAUGGAGCCAAUCACCACCACCAUUUUCUUCUGCUCUGCACUUUUUGAUUCUUUAGGAGAACAUACAUGAUGCAGCAUGCAAACUAACCUGAAAUGCAAAUUUUUCCCUGAAUGCAUUGGCUAGGCACAGUGACCAGCUACGUUCAACAUAAAACACCCAAACCAAGAAUACCUGUGUUUUUAUGCUUGAUAUUGCAAGCCAAAUACUAACACUGUUAAUCAAAUCAAAUUAUGAUCGAAGAUGGGAACUAGGAUUUCCCACUUCUCAAUCCUGAUCAUCAGGAUUUUGUUUCUGUGGCAAGAUAUUUAGCCCUUCUUACAAUAUGCACUGCAAUAAUGGUUUUGUAUCAAACUGGUUUUUAAUAAACAUUCACCAUUUACAAGCA